GCCGCAUGGGUCCCCUGGGAUAAGGCGACAUGCGCUCUGCCCUGGCGGCUGUCCAGGAUGUUCCGGGCGGGGGAGCCGGGGCGGCGGCUGGCGGGCCCCGCGCCCCCGCGCGUGCGGGCUGUGGAGGUGGCCCGCAGCAGGGCCGGCUAUGGGUUCAGCCUCUCGGGCCAGGCACCCUGUGCCCUCAGCUGUGUCAUGAGGGGCAGCCCCGCAGACUUUGUGGGCCUCCGCGCGGGAGACCAGAUAUUGGCCAUCAAUGACAUCAACGUGAAGAAGGCCUCCCACGAAGACGUGGUGAAGCUGAUCGGGAAGUGCUCCGGGGUGCUGCGCAUGGUGAUUGGGGAGGGCGCGGGCCACGGCCGCCACGCCGAGUCCUGUUCCAGCGACGACGAGACCGGGCUCUACCACGGGAAGGGCUGGCUGAGGCCCAAGCUCGACUCCAGGGCCCUGGGCAUCAACCGGGCAGAGAGGGUUGUGGAGGAAGUGCAGUCCGGGGGGAUUUUCAACAUGAUGUUUGAAAGCCCCGGCCUCUGUGCCAGCAGCUCCGAGCCGUCCAGGCUGAAGCAGAGGUCACUGUCGGAGUCUGCCGCGGUGGGGCCGGCCCCCGGCCAGGACAGCCCGAGCGCCCUGUGCCCCGGCCUGCCGCCAAAGGACGAAAUGGCCCAGACCACGGGUGACGACUCCGCGUCGGCCGGGGGGCUGGAAGGCCACGGUCACGACGCCUUUGGACUGGACGCGAGCAUCUUGAAUGUGGCCAUGGUGGUGGGCUAUUUGGGCUCCAUCGAGCUUCCUUCCACGAGCUCCAACUUGGAGACCGACAGCCUGCAGGCCAUGCGCGGGUGCAUGCGGCGGCUGCGGGCGGAGCAGAAGAUCCACUCACUGGUGACCCUGAGGGUCAUGCACGACCGGGUGCAGCUGUGCACGGACCGGGCCGGCGUGGUGGCUGAGUACCCCGCGGAGAAGCUGGCCUUCAGCGCCGUGUGCCCGGACGACAGGCGGUUCUUCGGGCUGGUGACCAUGCAGACCAACGAGGACAGGGGCCCGGCGCAGGAGGCCGAGGGCGCCCUGCGCACGUCCUGCCACGUGUUCAUGGUGGACCCCGACCUCUUCCACCACCGGGUCCACCAGGGCGUCGCCCGCAGGUUCGGAUUUGCCUGCACGGCCGACCCCGACACCGGCGGCUGUCUGGAGUUCCCCUUGUCCUCGCUGCCCGUGCUGCAGUUCAUCUCUGUCCUCUACCGAGACAUGGGCGAGCUGAUGGAGGGCGUGCGGGCCCGGGCCUUCCUGGACGGGGACGCCGACGCCCACCAGAACCACAGCACCAGCAGCAACAGCGACAGCGGCAUCGGCAACUUCAACCAGGAGGAGAAGAGCAACCGGGUGCUCGUGGUGGACCUGGGGGGGGCCUCCAACAGGCACAGCCAGGGCGGCGGCCCCCCGUGGGAGGGGGCGGGCGGGAGGAGCUCCCAGCCUUGGGGUGCGCCCUGGAACGGGACCUUCUGCCACGACCCCGAGGGGGGCUCCCCAUUUGAGACCGGUGCCCAGGCCGACAGGUUCCGUGACUUGGCCAGGCACUCGGGACCGACCUCCCACGGGGAGGUGCCCCCAGCCUCCCUGCGGAGCUCCGUGCCCCCUUGCAGGAGGGGCGCCUCCAGCCAGAGGUGGCUCCCCGUCCAUGUACUCCAGGAGUGGCAGUGCGGCCACGCCAGCGACCAGGAGUCCUACACGGAUUCCACGGAUGGCUGGUCCAGCGUGAACUGCGGCACGCUGCCCCCGCCCAUGAGCAAGAUCCCCGCCGACCGCUACCGGGUGGAGGGCAGCCUCCCGCAGGCCGCGCCCCGGGCCCAGAAGAGGGACUGGUCCCGGAAGGCCUUUGGGAUGCAGAACAUUUUCGGGCCUCACCGAAAUAUUCGGAAGACCAAGGAGGACAAAAAGGGCUCCAGGUUUGGGCGGGGCAUCGGACUGGCCCAGACGUCCCAGCGCACCUCCGCCCGGAGGUCGUUCGGAAGAUCCAAGAGGCUGAGCAUCACGCGCUCCCUGGACGAUCUCGAGUCCGCAACUGUGUCUGAUGGUGAGUUGACGGGCGCCGACCUGAAGGACUGCGUGAGCAACCACAGCCUGAGCAGCAACGCCAGCCUGCCCAGCGUGCACAGCUGCCGGCGCCUAUGCGAGAGGAGGGUGGCCAGCUGGGCCGUGUCGUUCGAGCGCCUGCUGCAGGACCCCGUGGGUGUGCGCUACUUCUCCGACUUCCUAAGGAAAGAGUUCAGUGAGGAAAACAUCCUCUUCUGGCAGGCCUGUGAAUAUUUCAAUCAUGUCCCCGCGCACGACAAGAAAGAGCUUUCCUACCGAGCUCGGGAGAUCUUCAGCAAGUUCCUGUGCAGCAAGGCCACCACCCCAGUCAACAUCGACAGCCAGGCCCAGCUGGCGGACGACGUCCUCAACGCCCCGCACCCCGACAUGUUCAAGGAGCAGCAGCUCCAGAUUUUCAAUCUGAUGAAGUUUGACAGCUACACUCGCUUCCUGAAAUCCCAGAUGUACCAAGAGUGCGUGCUGGCGGAGGUGGAAGGCCGCACCCUCCCGGACUCCCAGCCGGUGCCCAGCAGCCCGGCCUCCAAGCAGAGCCUCAGCUCCGAGCACUCCAGCGCGUCCACGCCAAAAAAGUUAAGUGGAAAAUCAAAGUCAGGAAGAUCCCUAAAUGAAGAUGCGGGCGACGAGGACAGCGAGAAGAAGCGGAAAGGGGCCUUUUUCUCCUGGUCCAGGAAUCGGAGCACAGGACGAUCCCAGAAGAGGAGGGAGCAGGGGGACCAUGCCCACGAUGCCCUUCGUGCCAACGGGAGCCUGUGCCGCCGGGAGUCGCAGGGCUCCGUGUCCUCCUCAGGGAGCGUGGACCUGCCCGAGGCCUGCAGAACCCCGGCGGCUGAGAGGGACAAGACUGCCCGGCACUGCUGCAUCCACCUCCCGGACGGGACCUCCUGCUCGGUGGCCGUCAGGUCGGGAUUCUCCAUCAAAGACAUCCUGGCGGGACUCUGUGAGCGGCAGGGCAUCAACGGGGCCGCCGUGGACCUCUUCCUGGCGGGCGGGGACAAGCCCCUGGUGCUCCACCAGGACAGCAGCAUCCUGGCGUCGCGGGACCUGCGGCUAGAGAAGCGCACUUUGUUUAGGCUGGAUCUCGUUCCGAUUAACCGGUCUGUGGGCCUGAAGGCCAAGCCCACCAAGCCCGUCACGGAGGUGCUGCGGCCUGUGGUGGCCAAGUACGGCCUGGACCUGGGCAGCCUGCUGGUGAGGCUGAGCGGGGAGAUGGAGCCCCUGGACCUCGGUGCCCCUAUCUCCAGUCUGGACGGACAGCGGGUGGUCCUGGAGGAGAAAGACUCUUGCAGAGGGAAAGACAAACAGAAGGGCGCCCCGGGCAAGCAGAAGGCCGCCCCGAGCUCCAGUCCCAGAAGCCACGCAGCCACGGGAGAGGAAAGAACACUAGGCAAGUCUAAUUCUAUUAAAAUAAAAGGAGAAAAUGGAAAAAAUGCUAGGGAUCCCCGGCUUUCAAAGAGAGAAGAAUCUAUUGCAAAGAUUGGGAAAAAAAAAUAUCAGAAAAUUAAUUUGGACGAAGCUGAGGAGUUUUUUGAGCUCAUUUCCAAAGCUCAGAGCAACAGAGCAGAUGACCAGCGUGGACUGCUAAGGAAGGAGGACCUGGUGCUGCCUGACUUCCUCCGCCUCCCUCCCGGCUCCACGGAGCCGGCCCCUGCCAAGGGCUUCAGCCAGAGAGCCGCAGCCAGCCACGGCCGGGGGAGAGUGGCCCGGCGCGGGGACAGCUGGGAGCCAGCCCCAGACCCCAGCGACAGCCCAGCCACCAGCCCAGGCUCAGCCCAGAGUCCCAGCUCGGCCCACAGCGCCCCGGAGCCCCCUGGGGUGCCCCUGAGCCCCUCCCCGCGGCAGGACGGCACCACACAGGUCUGGAGGAGGCCAUCUCCAGACGCGGAGGCUGGGGGCAUCCAGACCGUGGAGGAGGAGCAUGUGGCCGACCUGACCCUGGUGGCAGAAGGGGACAUCAGCAGCCCCAACAGCACACUGCUGCCCCCCAGCCCCCAGGACCUCCCUGGACCCCCGAAGCCAGGGGGCAGGGCCCGUGGCAGCCAGGGCCUCCCGGUCAACAGGAUCAUCGACGUGGACCUCGUCACUGGCCCAGGCCCCGGGCUGGGGCUGCGGCCGGGUCCCCGGGGGAGGCCCGGUGGGCCGCAGACGUCAGACCGUCCCGGCCCGAGCCCCGUCCCAGGUGAGCCCUCCGCGCACACCGGCACGCACCACGCCACCUUUGUCUGA